UGAUGUGUCUGUGUGUGUGUGUGUGUGUGUGUGUGUGUGUGUGUGUGCACUGUAAACCAGCUUACACACCAAAGGUUUUGGGUUGUACGACAUGACAAAAGUGACGGGACAGCAGUGUAUAUCCAUGAAGUGCUUCUACAGGGGACAGCUUGGGAAUGCCUACAUCUGUCCCCGCCCCCUGUCUGGAGAGCGGUGCUGCAGUUGCUCUCUUGCGUGCAUCAGUGCUUUCUCAGAGGGCUCGUGAGGAAACUCCACACACCACACUGGACUGUAGCAUCAAACUCCAGCGCGAGGACGGGCUUAACUGAGGAGUCCUCGAGGCUGUGCUGUCUGUCUGUCUGUCUGUCCGGAGUGUGUCACAGUUGGACACGAGACGCCGGCUGACGGGACUGUAAGAGGAUUGGAAGAGUCUGACAGAGCGACUGAACGACAGAGACAACGAGAGAGAGGGAGAGAGAGGGAGAGAAGGAGAAAGAAUAAUCUGGCUAAUCCAGAACAGGCCAAUCCCGGCGGAACUCCUCUCCCACGUCCGCGGUGCAACACAGACAACAAAGCGGCGGGGAUUACGUCCAGCCUUGACUGGAGAAAACACCCCCACACAGUCACACUGUGGAGUCCAGACUGUUCUCUUCACAGCCUCGGACACUGCGGAGCACUGACGCCUGGAAACGCUCUGCAGAAACCAGAAGAAUCAGAGCUCUGUGGGAGAGAGAAAGAGGGAGCACUGAGAGACAGAACACAGAAGUCCAGGCAAUAAAAGAGGAUCUCCAGAGGAGAUGAGAUGUUUCUGCAGCUGGAGACUGAGGACAUAACCAGCGCUGACACGCUACUCACUCACUCGUUCACUCCGGGAUGGUUUACUUUGUGUAGAAGCAAUCAAGAACUUCCUGUCUGUGCUGAGAACUGUGGACCAGUUAUUCAAGUGGUAAUGCGCCAGUAGAUAAACUGGUGUAUAAAUGUGGAUGUGGUUAGUGUGGGCGAAUAUUAAGAAUUCUAUGGCUCUAUGUUCUAUGGAUCAGUCUAUAAUUCUAUAAUUCUUACUACUACUAGUAGCAUAGCCUUACAGUUGGGUAGUUCCACAUUUAAUCUGAACUCUUUUAUCUAUUUAUGGGGUUUGAAUCUUUCACUUAUUCAUUUAAUGAACCAAAAGAAAUGGUUCAGCUUCAGCUGUUUGGGCUGGAUGAUAAGCACUAGUUGCAAAGUAGGUUCCAAAAAAUAUAAAUAAUCUAUAUUGAAUAAUAUUGAAAAAGCAAGGAAAGGGUCAAAUUAUAUUCUUUAGGGCGUUUGUUUACUUCAGGUGGUUUUAGUGGUUAAAGUGUUUAAAGAAUAGAUGCUGCUGGUAUUUUAGGGGCUGUCUUAAUUUUUUUUUUGACCAGAUGGACGGAAGUCUUAGUGAUGUCUAGAGAUUGAAGGUGGGGGAUAGAUCAAUCAGCAGGACUGUUCACAGGCAGACUGUGAAGAAGUGUUUAAAAUCCAUGGGAAUCCUAUUAAACUUCCUUAACAGGUUAUUUAUAGGCUUAGAGUGACUGUGGCGAUCUCACUGGGGCACGACCCAAACAACCCAACAGUGUUCUAGAAGGUGAAUUUCACCCAGCAGACCACAAACCAGAACUGUCCAGCUGUGCCUGAGCUGUAGAUGUUCAGAAGAUUUACUAGAUUUACUACUCUUUAAAUAUUUACACCGGUGAGCUGUAAACACUGUGUAAAGUGAUUAGUGUCUGGGUUGUCUAUAGCAGUUAGAAAGUUGCUGUGAAGGUCUGGGUGAAGCCAAUUGCUUGCUUGACCCCAAAUAGUACGUUUUUGGUUGAGUUGCUAGGUUGUUAGAUUCUCUUUUUUCUAACAGAAGGUGAACUUUAAGGCUUUAGGAUUUUGAUUAAGAAUAAGAGAGAGUGUAGGUAGGUGGUGGGCAGGUGGUAGUUUAGUGGGGUUUAGUAAAUGAUUAGGUCUCUAAAUUGCGAUUCCAAUCCAGCCUUCUAAUUUUAUCAUGCUAGUUUGCUAACAGUUCUGCCUCACUUGUUUAUCUGACUUCUCAAACUAGUUCAACAAGUGGUCAACCACUAUUUGGUCUACCCAUUGGGAUUCCUCUAGACCUUGUUGGUGUUUUUAAAUUCUGCUUACAGUUGACUCUUAUUGGUCUCAUUACAAGACUUCCUACACUAGUUCGCACUUUUCUACAGAGGUUUCUGACUGGUCUAUAGUCACGCCCAUUCUGCUGCCAUUCAACAACAGUCAGCAAGAUGGCGCAGACAUCUGGGUGAUGCACCCCUGCUUGCCUAAUUCCAAACAUCUUGUAGGCUAUGGAAUCAUGUUACAGAUGAUGUAGAUGCAAGAGAGGCAUGAGUCGUUCUCCAGAGUUAGAAAAGUCAAAAAGUGGGGUGUAGAUUGGGGUUGUGAUUGGUGAUAGCAGGUGUAGGACCUUGGUGCAGCAUUUCAGGCUGCUUUCCAAAGAAAAAAAGUUGUCUGCGUAGGUUUGCGAGCUCAAGCUCACAUCUGUUCUGGUGAGGAUUCCUGAGUGCAGCUGGAUUUGAUGGACUCUCCAGUCUCCAGUUUUUUAGAGUUUCCUCAAAUAACUAGAUGUUUAAAUCAGGAAAGUAAGAAGGAGCUUAGCUCAAAUAUUUGUGAAGAAGCUCAUUGCUGGAUACUGCAUCACUAGAAGACCUUCCAAAUACUUGAAUCUGCAGUCAGUACACAUUGUGGAUUUUGGCUUGCUCCAUUUGUCACCUGUGGAUCCAGUGCUGAUGGACAGAUGAAGAUUUGAUCAGUGUGUAAUAUGAGAUGAGUCUACAAUAUCUUUAACCAAUUUACUUACAUCUACUCAUUGACGUCUCAGGAGACUUGAUCCACGUUGGCUCUCUCAAGAGGAGAAAACAAAGCAUUUGCUGUUCUCUUCAUUUGUUUUGACCAAUGGAUUUUGGUUGGAUUUUGUGAUGGCACCUCUUAAAAGAAUUGAGAAGACUCUAAUGCGAGUUUGACAAACUUCUCAGCUAAUUCUUCUUAGCAUAUCUGGAUUAUCAAAUACCCAUUCACAAACAACUCACGAUCCUGCUGCUCUUUUUUUCUUUGGCUCUUGGAAUUAAACGGAUUUUGGCAGGAUUCUAGAGAUCCGGACCUUAAAAGCAUCUAAUUCUCUGUCAACAUGAGUCUGGGCAAGCUGCCGGGGAUUAAAGGCCUGGUGUCGACGUCUCACAGCAGGCGGCGCAUUAAGACCGAACUUUCAACCGACAUGAUCAGCAUGCCGCUGGGGGACUUCCGCCACACCAUGCACGUCGGCCGCGGGGGUGACGUCUUUGGAGACACGUCGUUCCUCAGCGAGCAUGGAGGCAAAGGAAGCGCCCAGGAGAGUCCCGACUCUAAGCCGGCGAGGUUUUUCUCCCGUACGCUGCGGCACGUCAGGAGAACCCCCCAGCCCCGGCUCAGAGUGGACUGCAGAGAGUUCUCCUCCCCACCACCACCCGUUUCCCCCAUCAUUAAAAACGCCAUCUCGCUGCCCCAACUCAACCUGGCGAACGGCAGCCUGGAGGGGGCGCUGCUUCCCACCUCCGCCAGCUGCCUGGAGCAGCCACUCUACUCUUACGGUGUUCAGUCGGGUUUCGUCACACUGCCUCGUCUGUCCCGUCUCGACAGGAACUCAACAGAAUCAUCCCCUCCUCAGUCUCAGCAACGCAGAACCUCAGAACCAGACCCAGACCCCUUCUCCACGCUCCACCGGUCCGACUCGCUCACCUCCUUCACUGUGGACCUUGGACCCUCCCUCAUGACCGAGCUCCUGGGCCUCAUCCACAGCUCCAGCAGCCACCAGGUGGCGUCACAGGAUCUAGAGGAUGAAGAGGAAGAGGAGGAGCCAAGCUCAUUAUUUGAGAUGGCGGUAGAGAGUCCAUGUUUGAGCAGUAGGGGGCGUUCCAGCAGUCCGGACUGGACCCAGCCGGACACUGAGAUGGUUGAAAACGAGGACUCUGAUAAACGACUGACGCCGGACGCGUCCAUGUGGUCCCCAGUGAGGGUGGAGCCGACAAUGGAGGCGGAAAGGUUCCAGCAGGCAGCUGACGUCCUGUCACGCCAUUACGGAGGGGGUGGAGUCGUAAAGGAGCGUCGGAAGGCACCGUUUGCUUUUCCUGAGGAAGAGGAGGAGAUCAAAGUUUAAGAGCUUAAAUGUGAAACUGUUCAAUUAAUCAGAAAAAGCAAUCAGAAGAAAAGCCAGUGCAUGUUUGGUGUUUGAAGUUUACUUCUUUAGUUUAUUGCUAGAGCUACAAGGUCAAGGAAUGCUAAGUAUUGGAAGCUGAUAUCAAACUGCAAAUUAGCAUGACGUGCAUGCCUUCAGGUGCUUUCAUACCUGGUUUGUUUGGUCUGGACUAAAAUAACAGGGGUGAAAAUCAAUCAAUCAUUCAACCUUCAUGUCCACUCUGUAAUUUAUUAUGUACUUUUUUUCAAUGCAGCCAAGCCUUUACAAAAUUAAAGGGACUGAAAAAUAUGUUUAAAUUAUAAAAACAAGCAAACAAUAUGAGAUCUUAUUAAAAAGAGAUAAAAUAAUUCAGAAUAAAUAAAAUAUGCAGACAGGCUAAAAUGUAAAGCAAUAAAACUUUGCUAGUAUUGACCCACGCCCUUGACUCAGCAGAGAAGAAGAAAAGAGGGGGAGCGAACUCAGAGAAUUUGGGGUGGAGGUCGGGGCAGCUUCGCUGUAAAGCGUGAAGCCGAAGCCCCCCCUCAUAUAAAGAGAAACAUGAGAAAAAAUAAUAAAAUUAAAGAAGGAGGAAGAUGGGGAGGAGGUGGGUGUGAGGUUGUUCAACGAGCAGGUAGAGAGGAAGUGGCGGUUUAAAUAGGGAAGGAAGUGGAGGAGUG